AGAUGAUUUGUAAGGAGGAUGGAGGCGGCAGGCGCUCUCGCGAGUUUGGCUCCCUCCCCAAUCACUGUACUGGGGCUCAUACCACUUCUGGCUUUAGGCAUUACAUAUUUUCGGUACCAACAGUUCGACCCGGAAUCGUACAUCACCGACGUCAAUGCCGUGUUACCAAUCUACGACUUCAUAAUAGUGGGCGGAGGGUCAGCGGGAGCUGUUGUGGCGUCGCGGCUCUCCGAGAUCGGCAACUGGACGGUGUUGCUGCUAGAAGCUGGCAACGACGAAACGGAGAUUAGCGACAUCCCAGCCCUUGCCGGGUACACACAACUCUCCGAUAUCGACUGGAAGUUCCAAACGACGCCCUCCGCAAACAGAUCCUACUGCCUGGCCAUGAAUGCAGAUCGCUGCAAUUGGCCCAGGGGCAAAGUCCUCGGUGGUUCCAGCGUCCUUAACGCCAUGGUAUACGUACGCGGAAACCGCAACGACUACGACCUCUGGGAAGCGCUCGGCAACGACGGAUGGUCCUAUGAUCAAGUAUUACCCUAUUUCCUGAAGUCAGAAGAUAACCGCAACCCGUAUCUCGUCAAAACGCCUUAUCACUCAGACGGAGGGUAUCUCACAAUACAGGAAGCGCCUUGGCGAACCCCACUCGCUGUGACUUUCUUGAAAGCCGGUAUUGAAUUAGGUUACGAGAAUCGAGAUAUAAAUGGAGCGAAACAAACUGGUUUCAUGUUGACACAAGCGACGAUGAGACGGGGUAGCCGGUGUAGCACAGCGAAGGCGUUUCUGCGACCUGUCCGUAACAGAGAGAACUUGCACAUUGCCCUUGGCGCUACCGUCACGAGAAUACUGAUCAAUCCAGUCAAGAAGCAAGCUUACGGCGUGGAGUUCAUUCGCAACGGUCAGAAACAUAAAGUUAGAAUAAAGAGGGAAGUUAUUAUGUCAGCAGGAGCGAUAAUGACGCCAAAACUAAUGAUGCUGAGCGGAAUAGGCCCCGCGGAUCAUUUGCGAGAACACGGAAUACCUCUAGUAGCGAAUCUGAAGGUUGGUCACAAUUUGCAAGACCACGUCGGAUUGGGUGGACUGACUUUUGUUGUCAACAAACCUGUCACGUUCAAGAAAGACCGCUUCCAAACGUUCGCUGUUGCAAUGAACUACAUUUUAUAUGAAAAAGGACCAAUGACCACCCAGGGUGUAGAAGGACUGGCAUUUGUGAAUACAAAGUACGCGCCAACAUCUGGCAAUUGGCCUGACAUUCAAUUUCACUUUGCACCAAGUUCAAUUAACUCGGACGGUGGUGAACAGAUACGUAAAAUCUUGAACUUGCGUGACAGGGUGUACAAUACCGUCUACAAGCCUUUGGAAGAAGCUGAAACGUGGACUAUACUGCCUCUAUUACUGCGUCCUAAAAGUUCAGGUUGGGUGAAACUUCGCAAUCGAAACCCUUUCACACCACCCUCAAUUGAGCCUAAUUACUUCGCUUAUAAGGAAGAUAUCAAUACACUUAUCGAAGGUAUUAAAAUCGCCAUGGCUAUAUCAAACACGACAGCUUUCCAAAAGUACGGAUCACGACCACAUAACAUCCCAAUGCCUGGUUGUCAACACCACGUGCUCUUUAGUGAUGCUUAUUGGGAGUGUUCAUUGAAGCAUUUUACUUUUACAAUAUACCACCCAACAGGAACAUGUAAAAUGGGUCCUAAGCAUGAUCACGACGCGGUUGUUGAUCCAAGAUUAAGGGUCCACGGUGUCGCGAAUCUCAGGGUUGUGGACGCUAGUAUAAUGCCUACUAUUAUAAGCGGCAACCCCAAUGCUCCUGUAAUCAUGAUCGGCGAAAAAGCCUCCGAUAUGAUCAAAGAGGACUGGCUGGCCUUAUGACAGUGUUCAAACGAAAAUUGUGUGAUGGAAUCUUAAAAUACUCAGUCAAAAGGGCAGAUACUAUUUAUGUGAAAAUGCUCUUGCGUAGCUAAUAAUAACUUUAAAGAGUGUAAAUAAGUAAGGACUGUGUAAUUAAGACUACGAACGUUAUUAUUAUAAUCGAGUCUGUUAGAUUUAUGU